AUGGCAUUAAUCUACGGGGUGGGACUGUUGAAGGCUGCUAGACAUGGCAUGUUCCGACCAGCACCGAACGAGAACCCACUUCGUUUGAACGACCAAGGGGGGGAGAAGGAAAAGGGCCGGGCCCGAGUCGAGGCCGUUCAGGCGGGGGGUGCAUGCAGAGUUUUAGGCCUAGUGGGUUUUGAGAUUCCCUUUCUUUGUGGGGUUGUCGAGCCCGACUUUGGCAGCCUUGCUGGAUGGAUGGAAGUGCGAAACGACUCGUCGUUUCAUCCUAUGCCAGAUUUGCAUUAUAAAGUCCCUAACGCCGAGGGUAUAUCGCCAAUGGAUUAUCACAUCCUAUUCCCAGGCUCCUUGUCGUCCCACCCCGCCCUAGCCCUCUGCAGGCUAGUAGACUUCACUCCGCUUUCGGUUGCAAUCCAUGCUGCACAGCCCAUACCCCAGUUGUGGGAGUGA